AUGGCGGCGGUCAAGAUCGCCGUCCUCCUGGCCGUGACGACGCUCUUCGCCCCGGCAGGGGCGGCGGACCCCCAACCCGCGCAGCUCGCAACGGAAGCCCAGUGCUGGCCGUGCUACUCCUCCUGCAUGCACACGUGCGACGACGGCCACGGUGUCACCCCCGCCCCCGAUGUCAACCGUUCUCAGCCAGCCGCCCACCCAGCCGUCGACAAUGGUGCAGCGGCCGCCUCCGUCCCUGUCAACUCUACUGACGGUACUGCAGUUGUUGUACACUCCACCGUCGGCACUCUAGCUGCCAUCCACAAAACCGAUGGUUCAGGCGCCCCCAUUGCUGACGGCUAUGACGAUUACAAAGGUGGCAACAAAAGUGACGGCGAGGGUUACUACGAGAAAUACUUCGAGUGCAAGAAGAAGUGCAUCGUCGAUUGCUACAAGGACCUGCCGCCGGUGUGCUACAAGAUGUGCAUCUCCGAGACCUGCCUCACCCUGCCACCAUGUAAACGAGGGGAUUGGUACAAAGCAUGCGGGAACAAAUGCUUCCACAACCAGCCCUACCCCGGGCCAAACCCGGGUCCGAAGCCGACGCCACCACCGCCCACACCUCCGAAGCCCGUGCCACCGCCACCGAAAGCCGGUGCCGAAGGCGAAGCAAAAGACGCCGUGCCCGUAACCGGCUACUAG